CGCAUGCGCACGAGCAGCCUUGUUUCCCCGCUGUGUUAUUAUUAUGAAUGGUGGUGUAGACACUCACACACACACACACACACACACUGCGGGACCGUUCAGCUCUCAUGUGACUGUGACUGAUCCAGUGGAGUUGGAGAGAGAGAGUGUGUGUGUGUGUGUGUGUCUGUGGAGGAUACAGUGACCACACACACACACAGAUUGAUUAUGAGGGAGUGUGUCCCUGCAGCACUGCUGUGUGUCUCACUGUAGCUCUUUAGAGUGUGUGUGUGUGUGUGUGUGUGUGAGUGUUCAGCAUGUCCGUGUCGAGCAGUGACGCGUGUCUCAGCAUCGUCCACAGUCUGAUGUGCCACCGUCAGGGUGGUGAGAGCGAGAGCUUCAGUAAGAGAGCCAUCGAGAGUCUGGUGAAGAAGCUGAAGGAGAAGAAGGACGAGCUGGACUCACUGAUCACCGCCGUCACCACCAACGGGGCUCAUCCCAGCAAGUGUGUGACCAUCCAGCGCACGCUCGACGGGAGGCUGCAGGUCGCGGGCCGUAAGGGUUUUCCCCAUGUGAUCUACGCGCGGUUGUGGCGGUGGCCUGAUCUCCAUAAGAACGAGCUGAAACAUGUGAAGUACUGCCAGUACGCCUUCGACCUGAAGUGUGACAGUGUGUGUGUGAACCCCUACCACUACGAGAGGGUGGCGUCACCUGGCAUCGAUCUGUCUGGACUAAACAUAGGUGGAACGGGUCCCAGCACAGGUCUCUUGGUGAAGGAGGAGUUUGACCCCCAGCCGUCUCAUUCCAGCUCUGAUGCGUCUCACAGUGUUCAGACCAUCCAGCAUCAGCCCGUCCCGUCUCACCCGGCCCCGCCCAUCACCACACAACCCCCACUUCCUGAGGCGUUUAACAGCCCCGCCCUUAUGCGCCCGCCUGAGGCAGCAAGCUCCGCCCCGAGCCCGGCUUUCUCCACCAUCGCUCCUCCCCCGUCCUCAGGCAGUGGCUCAUGGCCGAGAGACAGUGGCUUUCCGUCCAACCUGUCCAAUCCGAGCGGAGCGUUGCAGCACCACCCACCUCAGUACUGGCCUGUACAUAAUGAACUGAUCUUCCAGCCCCCGAUUUCCACACAUCCAGCUCCAGAUUACUGGUGCUCCAUAGCGUAUUUUGAGAUGGAUGUUCAGGUGGGCGAGACGUUUAAGGUUCCGUCCUCGUGUCCGGUGGUGACGGUGGACGGUUAUGUGGAUCCGUCAGGAGGAGACCGGUUCUGCCUGGGCCAGCUCAGCAACGUUCACCGCACCGAUGCUAUAGAGAGAGCCAGGCUGCACAUUGGUAAAGGGGUACAGUUGGAGUGUAAGGGUGAAGGUGAUGUUUGGGUGCGUUGCCUUAGCGACCAUGCCGUAUUCGUCCAGAGUUACUAUCUGGAUCGGGAAGCCGGGCGUGCACCGGGUGACGCUGUCCACAAAAUCUACCCCAGUGCUUACAUCAAGGUGUUUGAUCUGAGGCAGUGCCACAGGCAGAUGCAGCAGCAGGCAGCCACGGCUCAGGCAGCAGCCGCAGCUCAGGCAGCAGCAGUCGCAGGAAACAUCCCGGGACCUGGAUCAGUGGGAGGGAUCGCACCGGCUAUCAGUCUGUCUGCGGCUGCAGGUAUCGGGGUGGACGAUCUGCGGCGGUUGUGUAUUCUGCGCAUGAGUUUUGUGAAAGGCUGGGGUCCUGAUUAUCCUCGUCAGAGCAUCAAAGAAACGCCGUGCUGGAUCGAGAUCCACCUGCACCGAGCGCUGCAGCUGCUGGACGAGGUUCUGCACACCAUGCCUAUAGCUGAUCCUCAACCGCUCGACUGACCUCUGACCCAAACACUCAACUCACCUAAAACCUCACUGACCUCUGAGUGACCUUUAACUUACAACGACCCCACCACUCAAAGACCUUCAGUCCCAUGACUGACUUUUGACUUCACUCUGAUCUCCUUAGUGCUGAAUGAAAACAGACUUGUGUUCUUUUCUCGACUCAGUGUUGAGAGAGACGCCUCAGCACAGAGUGUGUGUAAAUACAAACAUGAAGAUGGUAAAGUGUGUGUGUGUGUGUGUGUGUGUAAUUAUAGACGGGUGUUACUUCGGCUCAGUGAGGGGGGUGUGAUUAGCAAACCCUCGUUACCGUACGACUUCAUCUUGUCUAAUAACAGCUCGGUACUACAGACCUUUAAGGUGACGCUUAUACACACACACACACACACACACACUGAGCUCAUUUCACACACAUUACUGUGAUAAGAAGGACGAAACAGGAACCGCAGGAACCUCACCAGGACCCCUGAGGAAGAGGACAUAUCUCCAGGAACACUACCAGAACAUGGAGCAGCUCUCCACACACACAUACACACACACACACACACUACAGCAUCGCAGCUUCUCUGUAGAUAACUUUUCUAAAGUAGAUGACAAACUAAGGCAAUAGUUAUGAGUAUAACCAGAAAAAGAACUGUAUUGUGCCCAAGUGAUGUCGUGGAAACGUCACAUAUCCAACAUGCUGUAAACAUCACAAUAAACACAAAUUACAAUAAUCUGCAUUUAGGCAUUCUGGUGUAGCAUAAACAAUAUUAGUCAUAACUUAGUAUAACAGAGUCACA